CAAAAUGAAAUUCAAAAUAGGAAAUAAGUUGCCAACCUUUCCCGGAAAUUCGCUGGAGUCGUAGCGAAAGGGUAAAGCCAGCGCCGAUGCAGAGGCACAAUUCCGACUGUCCGAUCUGGAUCCCCCAAAAGCACGCACCGAAGAAAGAGAAAGAGAAACAGAAAGCGAAGGAAAAGAAUCCGCAAAAGACACACCGUGCCUCCCGCCGAUCGCCACCGCGAGUGCGUCCUCUGCACCGUCCGGCCGCCGCCGCCUCUCCCCGGCCCCUCCUCCUCGGCGUUCGCCCCGUCCUCCUCCUCGGACACCAUGUCGGCGCUGUUCAACUUCCACUCGUUCGUGACGGUGGUGCUGCUGCUCAUCUGCACCUGCACCUACCUCAAGAUGCACUUCCCCUCCCUCCUCAUCCGCCGGACAGGGUUCCGUGGUUUCUUUUGGAAGGCUGCUAGGAUAGGUGAACGCCUUAGCCCCUGGGUAGCCAUUGGGUGCUCUGUGAUGGGCAUAUCUAUUUUAUUUUGGUGAGACUAGAAGAUAUAUGUGGCCUUCUUUGCCGACAAUGACUUCGCUGUAGAUAGCAGAUUAGCAGGAACAUACUAGCCUUUCUCGGUCUUCUUGUUCUUGUCCUACAAGUAUUUAAUGAAGUGCAUGCUUCUCGUUACCUAAUUUCAACUUCAGAAAAGGAGAAACAUGUGAAUUUUGCAGAGUUACAUAGUCUGAUUAGUUUGUUAUUUGGUAGGUCAAAUCCUUAUUAUCUUGUAAUUGUGGUGUAUCUUUGCACUAUGCUAUGCUUUUUCAGGACUUCAUGUUGUGUUAUUUUUAUUUGCACCA